AUGGAACACGCGCGGCACUAUAUCGCUACGCUCGACGUAGGCACCACGACCAUUCGAUGUUUCAUAUACGCUACUAAAACCAACGGCGAACCGAGUACGGUCGGCACGGCCUACGAGCAUGUUGACCUUCUCUACCCGGCUCCGGGUUGGGUUGAAAUAAAUCCCGACAAAUUGUGGAGCAGCGUGCUGCUCACAAUCCAAAAGGCCACCGAAGAUGCUAAGCUUACAAUUGAUCAGUUAACGUGCUUGGCAAUAUCGACGCAAAGAAACAGCUUCACCUGUUGGAACCGAGAUACAGGCCAAGUGUACCAUAAUUUCAUCACAUGGAAGGACUUGAGAGCUGACCGGCUUGUUAAGGAAUGGAACAGCAGCUUUACUUUACGUUUGCUGAAAUUUGGAGCGGGAUUUUUACAUUUUUUUACCAGAAGCAAAAGAUUUCUUGCGGGUAGCGUCAUCAAACUGAUGAACCCGCAGGUGACACUGCGCCUGGCCUGGGUUUUGCAUAAUAAUUCUUCACUGCAGGAAGGUCUUAAAACAGGCAACGUGCUGUACGGUACCAUCGAUUCUUGGUUACUGUAUCGCUUGCGGCAAGGGACCGACCGUACCCGAUAUGUGGAGCACAUCAGCGAUGUAACGAAUUGCACUUCGACGGGCUUUUACGAUCCUUUUGGUCAAGAGUGGGCCGGGUGGGCGCUGAAUUUAUUUUCUAUAAAGAAAGAUUUACUGCCAAAGGUAGUCGACAAUUCGCACGAUUUCGGUUACGUGCACGAAACGUUGUUGGGAGCAAAAAUCAAAAUAGCUGCUUCGGUGAGCGAUCAGUCAGCAUCGCUAUGGGGUAAUUGCUGCUUUGAGCGUGGCGAUGUGAAAAUCACAAUGGGAACCGGUUCUUUUCUUAACGUUAACACUGGAACGAAGUGCCUUGCCUCGGUGCACGGGUUAUACCCGCUGAUCGGCUACAAAAUGGGGAGAGAUUCGCGGAUGGAUAUCAAUUACCUCAUGGAGGGUUCAUCCAACGAUACGGGCUCCAUCAUUGAGUGGGCCCUCAACGUGGGACUGUUUGAUGAUCCAGCAGAAAGUGCCUCAAUGGCGAUGUCUGUACCCAACUCAGACGGUGUCCUAUUCGUUCCUGCCUUUAGUGGACUUGGUCCUCCCAUUCGAGACGAUUCUGCCGGUAGUGGAUUCAUUGGCAUAAAACCUUCCACACGCAAAGAACACAUGGUACGGGCCUUGUUGGAAAGCCUUGCCUUUCGCGUCGCCUUGCUUUACGAUUGCGCUUUGACGGAAACGAGGUUUUCAUUUACAAGUAUCAAGGUCGAUGGCGGAGUAUCUAAAAACGAUUUCAUCUGCCAGACGCUAGCCGAUCUGACGGGUGUCCAAGUAGAGCGAGGCGAAGUUACCGACUCGACUGCGUUGGGGGCCAUGUUCAUGGCUGGUCUGAAUUGUGGCAUUUGGAGCUCGAAGCAACAGUUGAUGAACGCGAGAAAAGUGGAAAAAACAUUUUCUCCAGACCCGGGCAGGAGGCAAAAACAAUUGAAACAAAUGCGCGCUUGGGAGAGGGCUGUCGAUCGGUUCAAAAAAUGGUACAUGCUGGAGGACAUAAAGAACCUAGACUGAAUAUGUGAUAUU